GUUAGGAACCUAGGGGGAGAUCAGGAACCCAGGGAAGAGUCUUUUGGGGCUAUGCUAGAGGUCUUCAUGAGUGGGGCAUUGUGCCCGGAGAGGGGUGUGGCAGCAACUCCUGGGGAAAAUUCUGCCAGGCCCUGCAACCUGGAUUCAGUGCCUCAGUUUCCGCAGCUGUCUGCUGGGAGGAUGAACGCAACCACCCUUGGGGGUGUCCUGAAGAUCAGAUGUUGCCUGUGGAGAACCAGCCUGCAAUUGAUGGAGUGGCCCUUGUGGGCCACCUCUGAGCACUGCCGCGCCCAGCAUCGCCCCUGAGCCUGCCUCCGAGAAAUACUUGUGCCUCCGGGCCCUCACCACCGCCCUUGCCUGCUGAUGGCCUCUGCUGCCAGGGUGGUCAGCCCUGCUGACUGAGCCCCCCUCACCCCUCUAGGACCUGCCAUACCCCAAUGGGGUAAUGUGACCAAGGGCCUGUGUAUUGGAGACUUCCUGCCUGCCACUACUGUGACCUCCGCCCCAGGGCUGCCAGAAUUGGUUCCAUUCAAGUUCAGUCUUCCUCUGGACCUUGGGGGUUUGGAGCCUACCUUGGAGCAAAGGGGUUUGUUGCUCAAUGCCGAGAGGGUGUCCCCAGCAAAGGACCCACCCUGGACACUGUGUGGUGGCCACAUUCACUUUGGCAUUUUUAAAUGUUCUUUGGUGAUUUUUUAGGUGUUUGUUGUCCCCUUUAUCCUCAGCCAGCUCUGAGAAACAGGAGUUUGGAAUUGCCCAUUUUACUUUGGGGGACUGUUUUGCUCCUCUUUUGAGGGGAGGAGUUGGGUUUUCUUUUUUAAUUAUCCAAACAUUGGGCAGCUUCCUUUCCCUUUCCCAAGUAUUUGUACAAUAUUGGUUCAGGGUGUGGGUGUGGGUUUUUUAAAAAUCCUUUCUCUCAGACACGUACAAGGAUCUUGCUCUACUUGGUUUUCUGAGGCUGGUGGGGGCUUCUCUGGCUGCAAUCUGGCCCUCUCUGCAGCCCACUGCUGACCUGCCCUCUGCCUUCCUGAGGCAUGGCGCGAAUGAACCGCCCUGCCCCGGUGGAGGUGAGCUACCGCAACAUGCGCUUUCUUAUCACACACAACCCCACUGAUGCCACUCUUAGCGCCUUCAUGGAGGACCUGAAGAAGUAUGGGGCCACCACAGUGGUGCGCGUGUGCGAGGUGACCUACGACAAGGCCCCACUGGAGAAGGACGGCAUCACUGUUGUGGACUGGCCAUUUGAUGAUGGGGCACCCCCACCCAGCAAAGUGGUGGAAGACUGGCUGAGCCUGCUGAAGGCCAAGUUCUGUGAUGAUCCUGGCAGCUGCGUGGCUGUGCACUGUGUGGCAGGUCUGGGACGGGCUCCAGUCCUGGUGGCGCUGGCCCUCAUUGAGAGUGGUAUGAAGUAUGAAGAUGCCAUCCAGUUCAUCCGGCAGAAGCGUCGUGGUGCCAUUAACAGCAAGCAGCUUACCUACCUGGAGAAAUACCGGCCCAGACAGAGACUGCGGUUCAAAGACCCGAACACACACAAGACCAAAUGCUGCAUCAUGUAGCUCAGGUGUUGGCCAGGCUUGGGGCCUGUGGUGGUUCGCCCUCCCUUGUCCUGGCUGACCUUCAUCGGCCUGUCUUCCUGUGCCUCGGUGCCCCUGUGUCCCA